UAGUAGGUAACGUUAGUUGAAAAGUUGCUAAAGUUGUCCGUAAUGAGAUUUGAACUCGCAACCUUUGGGUUACUAGACGUUCAUGUUGUACAGGGGAAGGAUUAGUUAAAAGGGUUCAGGUUAAGGUUAGGGGAAGGGCUAGCUAGCAUGCUGAGUAGUUGCAAAGUAGCUAAAAAGUUGUAAGUAGUUGAAAAGUUGCCGAUUAGCUAAAAUGCAAAAGUUGUCCGUGAUAAGAUUCUCCCAACCUUUGGGUUGCUAGACGUUCACGUUAUACGCUCACCCAACCACCUUAUUUUGUUUUUGCCUUAAGUAGCCAUCUAAUUUGAUUCUCCCGGAUUUAUGUUUACAAUAUUAGAUCUAGUCUAUGAGACCAGGCUGUCUAAUAAGGAAAUGAAAGGAAAUUCUAUGUGAUCAUUCUUAGUUGAACAAUAACUUAGAGGUGAAGGUAUGUCUGCUGUUUGUGUCCUCAGUCAAGCAGACAGGGAUGACACAUCUUCCAGGUAUGUGAGAACAGGGAACUCUGAAAAACAACAACUGCAGCUAAUCACAAUGAUUUAUAUAAAACAUGUAAAAGUAAGAUGUUGCACAAUUUGGUUUAAUGAGUGACCUAAAAUCACUCUCAAUGAGGUUGUAAUGGUAUAAUUCUCUACUUUCUAUUUAAACCCACCAAUCUCAAGUAAUCUAACCAUUGUGUCAAAUCACAACUGUACUGUAUAAAUCACGACUACUGAUUCUUGUGGGCUUAGUUUGAGUAGAUCUUUGAUACCUUUAAAGCUGUAAGGACACCUAAUGCAUCCUGCUGAAGAACUAAUGGGUGCGCUACACAUUCUUUGGGGGAGGGCUCUGGGAUGCUGUUCAAACUGACUGCUGCCUGAAGAAUCAGGAAAUUCAGAAGUGACACACAGAUACUGGAGAAGCAUUGCAGCUAAUAGUCAUUUUGUUGACUCACACAACACAACCAUGGCUAGCGAAAACAGGGAUAAUAAGACUCCUGAAUGUUUCCCAGUGGAUGACUACAUAAAGAGAUACUACCUUCCGAUCAUGUAUGGGAUCAUAUUUGUAGUGGGGCUUGUGGGUAACGUCACCUCAAUCAUCAUCUACGUGGUCAGGCUGCGCCCAUGGAAAAGCAGCAGCAUCAUCAUGGUGAACCUUGCCUUGGCAGACCUCCUGUAUGUUCUGUGUCUGCCCUUCCUGGUCCACUACUACAUCCACGACGACUGGAUCAUGGGCGAGGUCAUGUGUCGCAUUGUUCGCUUUAGCUUCCACUUCAACCUGUACGGCAGCAUCCUCUUCCUCACCUGCCUGAGUGUAUUCCGCUAUGUGGUCGUGGUCCACCCGCUGAAGGCAGCCCAGGUGCAGAGAACGAGCUGGGGUGUGAUCGCCUGCCUGGCUGUGUGGUUCAUAUCUGUGUUGGAGAUUAUACCCAUGGUUUACAUGAUCACUGUGAAGAAGACUGAGAACAAUAUGACAUCAUGCCUGGAUUUUGCUAGUAAUGAUCCAGAAGAGGUAUGGGUCUAUGGCUGGCUACUCACUGUCCUGGGCUACCUACUCCCCCUAGUGGUGGUGUGCCUGAGUUACGUCCGUGUUGCAUGUGAGCUGGCCGGUGGGCCACAUGAGGGCCGUCCGAACAGGGUGCGUGCCCGCAGGCUGACUGUGCUGAUCCUGGUUGUGUUUGUGCUAUGCUUCACACCCUUCCACAUCCUCCGCGCCCUGCGGGUGUACACCCAGAUGGAAGCCCAAAGGCCAGUGCCCUGUAUGCUGCUGAUAGGGGUCAAUGCAGCCUACACCAUCUCCAGACCCCUGGCAGGGCUCAACACCUUCUUCAACCUGGCUCUGUACACGCUGGCUGGAGACAAGUUUCACCAGGCGGUCCUUGGCCUCCUCCGCUGGAGACCCCAGUUUCUCAAGACCAAGAGGCCCAUCAUGGUGGCGGUGAUCAGCCAACCAGGCAGCAACAGUAUGUCACAGGCUAACGUGCUAAAGAGCUGAGUCAAAAUACUACACAACAUUUUAUAUACACAUGGUUGAUUUAUUUAAUUUCAAAACACAGAAGUCUUUUUUGGUGUUAACAAAAAUAACUAUGUCCUCUUUACUACUUACUAACUUGGUAACUUACAAAUGUACUGCUCGCCUUUGAGUAACUUUAUUAGGUGCUGUCUUUCUAGGGUGACCAUGUUUCUGAACGUUACUGAUAUUGUCUAAAUGUUUUUGCCAUAAAACUGGUUYUGUCAACUGCAGUGCAAGAUAAAUCACAGCAGUGUGCUCUUAUCUUGAGUAGACUGGAUUCAGUUGGGRAAUUCUAGGUUUCUGGGUCAGUCUUUAAUUGGCAAUACAUUGCAUUAUAACAAGCUGUGCAAUCAUACAACAUAUAAUAAUGUUAACAUGUUGGUUUCCUGAAGUUUAAUCAAUUAAAUGUGUUAAUCACU